AGAAGGUCAGGAUGGAUGACCAAACCUCGGACGCAACGGUUAUUGCGAAACAGCACAUUGACAGCAUUAGCGCGCAAUAUAGAGGUAUCUUAGAAAACUCAACUGCUCAAAGUAUCAUUGAUAGCGCAUUGCAGUUCUUCGGUGAGGAUAUCUAUUCGACCGCGGCGCACUUCCUUCUUGAGUUGAUCCAAAAUGCCGAUGAUAAUGAAUACGCCGCAAACAUCACACCAGCUUUGGUCUUGACCUACCGCAAUCGUGUGCUUCGUACCGACUGUAACGAAUUGGGCUUCACACCAGGACAAGUCGAGGCUAUCUGUAAUCUUGGAUACAGCACGAAGAAGGACAAGGUGGAAGCGACGGGUGAGAAGGGCGUUGGAUUCAAGUCAGUAUUCAGUGUUGCGGCCUCGGUUUGGAUAGCGUCCGGUCCCUACACGUUCAAGUUCGACGCAUCACGCCAGAUGGGUAUGCUGAUCCCAAUCUGGGAAGACCCACCGGAUGCAACACGAUACGCAAACACUUCAAUGUAUGCUCGCUUUGCGCCCCGGGCUGAUGAGAGAAUUGUCUUUCACGACUUGGACGUUGUUGGAGCCAAAAUAUUGACUUUCCUCCGUAAACUGCGUGAAUUAAACUUGCAUAUCGAGCUCCAAUCUGGGGACAGAAUAUGCUACAAUGUUGCAAGGCAGGAUACAACAUCCCCAGAUGGACUAUGCAUGACACAGUUGACCUUUACCGGUGAGAUGUUCCCCAUCGCUCAAAGAAAGACUUAUGUCGUCUGUCGAUAUGAGGUGAAAGGAAUGCCCCACGAGAAGAAGCGACCAGGAAGACAGACCACCGAAUUGAGGAUAGCAUUCCCAGUCGACGAUUUUGGCCAGCCAGUACUGGAAAGUCAGGAUGUAUAUGCGGUCUUACCUGUGCGAAGUUAUGGCUUCACGUUCCUUCUUCAAGGUGACUUCCUACUAUCUACAAGCCGGGAGGAGAUUUCAUCAUCAAGAGAAUGGAAUCGUAUGUUGUGCGAAUCGCUUCCUAACGCGUUUACCGCAGCUGUCAAAGAGAUCGUGGCACACAGAAGUGAUUUCCCUUGGUUUAAGUUUCUCCCAGACAUACGUCCCGAGAAAAGCUUUUUUGAACAGGUCAAACAUUGCAUCCCAUCGCAGUUAGCCAAGGAGAGAGUCUUGCUUUGUGAAGGUAUCGGUGAGAAUGGCCAGGACCUACUUGCACUACCAGGCUCACUUCGAUACGUACCUCGCGAAUUUCGAGACUCUAACGGGUAUCCUCUUACUCUCUGUCCAACUACGAGAGAUGGAUACCUUUCUGUCCGGUAUUUGCAUGAGGACUGGUCUUAUAUUCAGCGGCUCGGAGUAAAGCAAAUGACUGCGAAUGAGUUCAUGGAUGACCUUGGUCAUCUGGUGAAUAACCAUGGCGUGCAAGACAAGCCAGACCAGUGGCAUGAAAGCCUGGCAAAGACAGUUAAUCAGCUUCUUGGAAACUCUGAGAAUAGGAGGUUUCUUGAAGUCCUUCGAAAACUUGCGGUUCUUCCUCUUCGAGACAAUAAAUGGGUCUCGAGCGCUGACAGAGUCGUCUUCCUCCCUCUAGUACCGGCCAGCGUACCAAGCGGCCUUAAAAUCUGUGAGAUCGAUCCAGCUGCUGUCAAUGGUGGGAUGAAGUCAGAACGAGCGAGAUUUUUUGAACAUGCCGGGGCACAGGGAUAUAACCCGGCCAUUGUGUGCGACCUGAUUGUGGAGCGGCAAACCGCUCGGAGUCGAGGCUGGCAGAAUAGCCAAGUCUACCAAAGGCGACUAGCAGCCAGUCGAGUCCCUGAGCUGGCUAACCAGCUAUACUUUCUUUUCAAAAACAAAUGGACGGGGGAUGGCGAGCGAUCUCUCUGGGUGUUGAAUGAGCGAAGCGAGCCUUGCCCUGCGUCCAUUGUUUACAUUCCUUCCAAAGAGCCUGAUUCAGCUGCAGCCCUACUGCACGGAAAAUCCCCCAAGAUUGAGCUUUUACACAAAGACUAUCUCGGUGUAGGCGGCGGAGACAGGUUUGACUUUAUGGAGUGGCUGCGCUCGACUUUUGGUAUUUGGCGAAUUCCACGACUAGCCACUCCAGGGAAUGCUCUGUCUCCAGAUUUUCAGCAUCUAAUUGACAACAGUACCUCAUCCACAUCAUGGCUUCUCUUACUGGAUAAACAUUUUGACCAGUACUCUGAUUGGCUUGUUCCCGGGGGAUGGAAGUCAGCAAAGGUCUCUAGCAGCCUCCGGACAACGAUGGUCGAUUGCCUUCAUGGGGAACGGUAUUUGCUCGAAGAGACCUGCCGUCCCGGCCUGGAAAAGCUUCUUCCGCGCAAAGCCCUGCUGUUAGACCCAGAAUUUGAUAACUGGAAGUUAUUGAGUCAUCUAGGAGUGAUGGUGGGAAUGGAUCUUAAGUUUUAUUUCUCGCGACUGGCCGAGUUAAAAGAGACUGAAGCCUCGUUAGAACAGAUCAGUCAGAUUUAUACCGAUAUUGAAGCCAAAAGUCAGGACAGCAGCGGGCUUAUUAGGUCGACGUUCACCAAUGACGCUCUCAUAUGUGUGCCGAACCCAAGAUCCAAAAAUGGAUUCAGCUGGCUUCAGCCUAAUGACUGCAUCUGGAAGGGCCCAAAAAGUUUGAAACAUACACCCAAGCUUCAGGAGCUUUACCCAGAUAACGAAGUUCUCUUUAAGAAGAUUCUUAAGCUUCGCAAUGCCGGUGCCGAGUUACUGCUGAAAGAGAUCGAAGAGUUCAAGCCAGAAAACCCUACUCAUAUCUUGGAGGUCCUACAAGAUGCAAACGUUCUCCUGAAAGAUACAGAUCCAUUCAAUCUGGCCCUAAUCCAGCGGAUGAAGAUAUUCCCCGUACGACUUCCAUACCAACGUGAUGGCUUCACUUUAAUGACAACUUCACAAUCCUGGUCCAUUCCUGACGAGAGACAGAGAAGGUAUUUUGGACAAGACCUUCCGCUCCUUGUCUUUAACUAUGAUGCGUUUGACGAUAUGAAGAAUAUUCGACGUGUCUUCGACCUUGGUAACCGGAAGCUGGUAGCCACGAGAGAGGUCUUUUGUGAGGAUAAGAACCCCAGAUUGCUGGAACCAACAACUGCCAAGUUCCUGACGAGAAUCAAGUUAAUGAGCCGGUUGAUUGCAAGAGAUACGCAUAACAUACGAAAGAAAGUGGAAAGGCUGUUCACAGCUCAGCUGUUCUCGGUGAACGAGAUCUUUUGGGCACUAACCGUUCGGCAUGGAGACCAGGUUAUCACCCGGGGAAAGGGUAUAGCUGAAUGCCUGUUGGCGGAUAAUGAAGAGGAACCUCUGAAGAUAUGGGUUUCCAAAAAUUGCAUUAAAUAUGAUAUGUUCCCUUCGGAGCUUGCGGACAUACUUUGUCAGCUUUACAAGAUUUCUGAGCGCGCAUUGGCGCAGGACACUCUGACUCAACCCCCGGGGUACGUCGCCGAAAAGCUUACAAAUUCGGGGUACACUGCGGACAUGGAGCAUGAAUUACCUCCAACAUUGCGUGAUGGAUGGGGAAAGGGAAAGCCUUGGGCCCGCAUAAACGUUCAGAUGGCGUCCGAGCCGGGGGAAAGUAGUCACAAGCCUGUUCGCCCUCCUGUUGAACUCCCAGCACAACCGAUCAGUACAUCUGUGACUAGCCACAGAAAACUACCUGUAUCGAAGACACACGACAGGCAACAACACUAUGAAGAGAAUCAAAAGACCAUGCUGUUGUUGAGUGCACAGCCUACCACCGAAGCAGACAACCGCGAAGGACUGGUUGGCCUUAGGACUGAACCGUCGAGUGGUGACGGAACAAGCUCAGCGACCGAGAAUAUACCUGAACUUACAACAGAGACACCGGCUCCGCAAGCAAAGAAUUCUCAUGCUCGGGAUGAUGAUGAUGAUGAUGAUGAUGAUGAUGAUGAUGAUGAUGAUGAUGAUGAUGAUGAUGAUGAUGAUGACAAGGCAAGGAAAGCCACAGCUGACGAAUUGAUUGAUGGCUCGGACAUGCUCAGAGAAGCCAAGCCCUCAGUUCCCACAGAAAUGGAUAGGAGCGAGAAUAGCGGAUCUCAAGAUCAUCCAAUGCCAAAGACUCACACAAGGCAAAGUGAUCAGAAACAGACUUCCAAGUCUGUUGCUGAUAGAACCUGGCUCGUCUAUCUGAAACAGGAACUGCCCCCAGAAGUAGAAACAAUAACUAUAGAAGGGGGAAUCAGCACAGAUGAUAUUGCCUCCGUGUACCGGCAAGUCAUUUAUGUGGCACAGGAAAUAUACGAUCUAAAUAUAUCGAAGCCUGAGAGAAAGGAAAGUUACGGUGUAUCGAAAAGACCACCGCUGGUGGAAGAGCUGUCUCUUCCAAUACGCCAGACAGACUAUUCACCUCCUAGGGAAGGCGUGCAACUCAGCUUGCCGCAUGCUGAUAAAAACGUGCCAUCGCAGGCAAUUUUGAAGCAACGCACAGGAAAUGAAGUAAUGUUCCAUGCUGAGCAGAAGCAAGGCAAUCAGACGGCCCAGCUCCUGAAGCCUCGGGCUAAUGGUCAGAUGUCUUCUCCCGCUGUGUCUCGAGAUCAUAAGGGCGCAACGGUUAUACAGAUACCUGGCUUUCCACAACACUUGCUUCGUGAUUUCUUGCAUAACCGCGUUAGACGGAAAGACCCAGUAGCACCUGCCCGGAUUGUAUUUCUAACUGGUGAUGAAGAUAGGCUUGACAGCCAUGAUGGCCUCUGCAUUGGCCAUCGAAUCAAAACACAUCCCGGUAGAGUGCACAUAGAUGAGGGAACGGGAGUCAAGACUGUCUUCAUGGCUGUACCUGAUCCAAUUCGCCAAGAAGAAAUGUUUUCAGGUGAACUUGUCGUUUCGCGCAUCCUACAGGAAGCACUGGGGAACGAUUACAUCCCCGACAAGCAUUGGACAAGCUCGUGGAGAUCGCGAGUUGGUUAUGGCACCUACAAGAGACCAGAAGGUUCAAGAGUGCCACACACGGCCUUUGCGAUCCCUAAUUCUUCCUUAUUCACAGAUUUCCUCGUGAACCACGGAUGUGACCAGGCCAAAUGGUGGAAAGGAAACUCAGUUACGUACUAUCUAGACGUCCAAGUCACGUCGGGAGAUUUACAAACAUCCUUUCGAAUACAUCAGAAGAACUUUGAAACGGCUCGGCAAACUGCUCUGGAGGGGGCUGAUUGUCAUACGGUGUACGCACUUAUGCGACUCUAUAACAUCUAUACCGAACCAGAGAUAGCUAUAUUCGUCAACGUUUGGAGACUAUAUACAAAUGGAAACCUCAAUCUAUCGGUAACGGGUGAUCAUUAUGUCGCUAAAUUGACAGAUUCGCAGACAGAUACCCCCGGUCUGUCUCUUAGCAAUUUUCAAGCCACUGGCAAUUACAAGUUCCAUGCACUGGAGUCGCUGAGGCACAUUCGAGUUCUGAGACUUUGCGGUCAGGAAAAUGACCUAGUACUCCGAGGAGAUAUCCUGCACGUCUCUUUGGAUGAGAGCCCGUCAUUCAUCGCCCUGUCGUACACCUGGGGAUCAGCUUUGAAGCCAUUUUCCAUGCGGACCCCCGAAGGUGACAUUCCACUUACUGCCUCCCUAUACUACGCACUGAGCCGGAUUCAUCAGACCGAUGGCUCGAUCAAUAUUUGGGCCGACGGCAUAUCUAUCAAUCAAUCGGAUGCAACUGAAAAGUCACAGCAAAUUAGUUUGCUACCGACAAUAUAUCGUCAAGCUACCCAAGUAUAUGGAUGGGUUGGCGACGGCGCGAAUGACAGCAGCCUAGCUCUGAAAUCAUUGCAAGACAUCCAUGGCUCACCACUCAUGGUGUCAAAGCUUGGAAAACGAGCAUGGGCGGCUAUAAUUGAGUUAUUCGCAAGAGCGUGGUUUGUACGAGCAUGGAUCAUUCAGGAGGUAAUCCUCGCGAGGGAUCUCCAAAUUGUUUGUGGAGCCGAGAAGCUACCAUGGGAGACACUGUACAGUGCGGUGCAGACAUGUGAGAAAUAUGCUGAAACUUCGGUGAAGAACCUCAAGAUUCCUGCCACCCGAAAUUUGCAACCGAUCCUCAGCCUAGGCGAGACGCGAAAGAAAUAUCACGAGAAUCAGAAGCGCGAGCUCUUGGAUCUAUUUGAGCUCUUUCAACAUGCGAAGUCCACGCUCAAACGGGAUAAGCUGUUUACGCUACUCAACAUCGCUGCAGAUGCAGAAGGUUUUAGAACAGACUAUCGCAACCCGCUUGAGACUGUUAUGUGUAGCUACGCCUCUGUAUUUGUUGCCCGUGGAAAGGCCCUGGAGCUUCUUUCACGAGCACGGGGCGUUUCUUCUUCUCGCCGCUUCCCAUCGUGGAUCCCGGAUUGGACCACUAACCGAUACCCCAAAACAAUAUGUUCAUGGCCGUCAGAUCGAGCCUUUGAUGCAGGAGGCGGUGGUAUAGCGAGAAGCAGGGUCGAUUCCGAGAACCAGGCAAUCUUGGAAGUCGCUGGAUCAAUUAUCGACACGAUCGUUAAGGUCGGCAGUCGUCCGUCCACGAUUGAUAAGGCGAUGGAAUACAUGUCUGAAGUGUUGGAGUUCAUCGAUUCGUCGAAAUCAGACUUUCCUAACGACGACGAAAAGGAGGAUUUGGAAUUCAAAAUACCUAUUGGCGACGCAGCGCAUGGCCCAUGGGGUGAUCGACAGGGAUUGAAAAGGUCCUUCCAACUGCUCGGCCAGACUCUGAACCGAACAAAAGCUCCGCAGUCACCAGUCCUCGUCAAUGUGGAUACUUUGCGGGAGGAUCUAUGGUUGUAUUGUCUGACUGCUGUGCAAUUUUCUGAGCGGUUUGGGUCUGCUGUGGUGUGUCAAACGGCACGAGGGUAUCUUGGGUUGGUUCCUGCGGGCGCGAAGGCAGGGGACUCCCUUGCUCUAAUAUCGGGUGGGAAAGUGCCAUUCUGCUUGCGAUAUGAGCAGGAAGAUUAUCAGGUAGUUGGAGAGGCUUACAUCCAUGGCGUCAUGCACGGGGAAGCAUUCAAGCCCGAGGAUGUGAAGACACUUCGUCUAUCCUAG